UUUUUUUUAUAAACAAAAAAAAAAUUAAGAUAUUGAAUAAAGAAAGGGGGAAAUGGAUAGCUUGCUUUAAAGAUCUUUGUUGUUUUGCUGGCUUCUGAAGAUACAUCUGAGCUUCUUCAGAUCCGAAGAAAAUGGCAAGAAUCAUCACAUUUGUAUCCACUAACUAACCUUUCUCUCUCUCUAUUCUUUACCAACAAAAAAUCUCCUCUUGUUUUCCUUUUUUCACCCUGCCCAGAUUAUUGGAAAUUACCGCACGGUAAAAAAAACUGAGACAGAGAGUACUUUUAAAAACCCGAUUACCGUGGCACUUUGUUCGUGAGUGUGAAAACAGAGGCUUGUGAGUCUACGACUCCUGAAAACAGAGAGAGAGAGAGAGAGAGAGAGAGAUAAACACAUUACAGUGGUUCAUACAUACCUCAAUUUUUAGUCUUUUGUUCUUAUUCUAAUUCUACUUCUUUGAUUUCUAACAUCCUUACAUCAGUUUUUUAUACUGUCACAGCCAAAAAGGGGAGCUCUCUUCCACUAUCUCACUAUUACUACUACUAAUAUGUGUAUAUUCUCAGACAUAAAGAUGACAAAGCGUUGAAGUUAAAAAAAAGAAAAAGAAAAAAAAAAAAGAGCACUGUCAAGAAAAGUUUGUUGCUUAACUGCUGAUCUUUUUCUUUUUGCUUUUGGGUUUUGUUUUUUUGGUAUAUCAGCCUUUGAUGAUUUUUUUGUGAGUUGGGUUGAUUAUAUUUUCCUCUUUUGGUCGAGAAAACCAGAGGGAAAGGGAUUGUGGAGUAGAGAUUUUUGUUGGGUGCUUACAAAAUUGAAUCUUUGAUACAGUCCGAGAUUGCAUUAGUCUUUUGGAAGGCUGUUGGUCAGAAGCUGUGUGACUAGUUAAGACUAGUCUAUCGAUGAGUGGAUAUUUUUUUGAGCCAAUUUCUGGGUAGCUUGGUUAAUUGCGGCUUUGACGAACGGAUUUCGAGUAAAGAAGGAAAGCUGGUAAGAUUCCGCCUCUUUUUUAUUGGUUUUGAGCAUUCUCGUUUUAAUUAAUCCGAGAGUUCUUUUUAAGGGAAGGGAGAAGUAAGAGGGAGAAAGAAGGAAUUCGUUUUGUGUUUAUGCUUUUUUUGAAAUGAUUACGUUUAUGGAGGCGAAAGAGAAAUUUAAAGAAAAAGAUUCGGAAAGAUGUCUGGAUUCCCAACUAUGGCAUGCUUGUGCCGGCAGUAUGGUCCAAAUGCCACCAAUAAACUCCAAAGUAUUCUAUUUCCCUCAGGGACACGCUGAACAUGCGUGUGGUAGUGUUGAUUUUAGGAAUUAUCCCGGAAUUCCGGCUUAUACUCGUUGUAGAAUAUCCGCCAUUAAAUUCAUGGCAGAUCCUGAGAGUGAUGAAGUUUUUGCUAAAGUUAGGUUGAUUCCUGUUCCUGGGAAUGAUGUGGAAUUUGAUGAUGAUGGAGCUUUGGGUAUGAAUGGAACUGAUAACCAAGAAAAGCCCACUUCCUUUGCCAAAACCUUAACUCAAUCAGAUGCAAAUAAUGGUGGAGGCUUUUCAGUUCCGCGGUACUGUGCAGAGACGAUUUUUCCGCCAUUAGAUUAUUCUGCAGAUCCUCCUGUACAGACCAUCCUUGCCAAGGAUGUCCAUGGGGACACUUGGAAAUUUAGGCACAUAUAUAGAGGGACCCCAAGGCGGCAUCUUCUUACUACAGGAUGGAGCACUUUUGUAAACCAUAAGAAGCUUGUUGCAGGGGAUUCUAUAGUUUUUCUUAGAGCAGAAAAUGGAGAUCUUUGUGUUGGGAUUCGCCGUGCUAAAAGGGGUAUCGGAGGUGGACCUGAACCAGCAUCAGGGUGGAAUCCAGCCGGUGGGAAUUGUGUUACUCCAUAUGGGGGGUUUUCAGCAUUUCUCAGAGAAGAUGAAAACAAGUUCAUGAGAAAUGGGCCUAUCAACAACAGUGGAAGUCCAAUUGGGGGUGGAAAGGUCAAGGCAGAAUCUGUUAUUGAAGCUGCAACGCUUGCUGCCAAUGGACAACCUUUUGAGGUUGUUUAUUACCCAAGAGCUAGUACUCCAGAGUUUUGCGUUAAGGCAUCCCUUGUAAAGGCAGCAUUGCAGAUUCGGUGGUGCGCUGGCAUGAGGUUCAAGAUGCCCUUUGAAACUGAGGAUUCUUCACGAAUAAGUUGGUUCAUGGGAACCAUAUCUUCUGUUCAAGUCGCUGAUCCCCUUCGCUGGCCGGAUUCACCUUGGAGACUUCUGCAGGUGGCUUGGGAUGAGCCUGAUUUGCUUCAAAAUGUGAAAAGAGUGAGCCCUUGGCUUGUAGAGUUAGUCUCGAACAUGCCUAGUAUUCACCUUUCACCCUUCUCGCCUCCACGGAAAAAAUUGAGGCUACCACAGCAUCCGGAGUUUCCCCUAAAUGGACAAAUUCCAAUGCCAAAUUUUCCUGGAAACCAUCUUCUCGGGCCUAAUAGCCCCUUUGGUUGUCUUGUUGACAACACUCCUGCUGGCAUGCAGGGAGCCAGGCAUGCUCAAUUUGGUUUAUCGUUAUCUGAUCUUCACUUCAGUAAACUGCAAUCAGGUCUCUUUCCGGUUGGUGUUCAGCCUCCUGAUAAUGCAGCUGCAGCAACAGGACACUCCAAUUAUCAUAUCAUUCCCAAGCCUAGUGGCAGUGAGGAUGUUUCAUGCUUGCUGACCAUGGGAAAUUCUACCGAAAGUCCAAAUAAAACAGUUAACGGGAAGGCACCACAAUUAGUUCUUUUUGGUCGACCCAUACUAACCGAGCAGCAAAUCUCAAUGAGUUGCUCUGGUGAUGCCGUCUCACCAGUUCAGACGGGCAAUAGCUCUUCUGAGGGUAAUGCUGAGAAGGCUGGAAACGCUUCUGAUGGUUCAGGCUCUGCAGUUAAUCUGCAAGAUGUACGAGAACCUUCAUCCAGUGACCCAUUGGAUUCCAACUUGGAGACUGGUCACUGUAAGGUUUUUAUGGAAUCAGAAGAUGUUGGCCGCAGUUUGGACCUCUCCUUGUUCGGAUCCUACGAGGAACUUUACGGAAAAUUAGCAGAUAUGUUCAGCAUUGAAACUUCAGAGAUGCUGAACCAUGUGCUUUACCGGGAUAUUUCAGGAGCUGUCAAGCAACUUGGUGAAGAAUCCUACAGGUGAGUCACAACAUGAUCACAAAAACAUUAAGUUGACCAAUUAUAAUAGAUAUUAUGAUGAGUUAGUAUUCUGUAAAGUUUUAUCAGUUUUUCUUUCUCAGUUAUAUAUACUUAAAUAUAUAUAUUUUUUUCUGUCGGAAAUGCAGUGUGUUCACCAAAACAGCACGAAGACUGACGAUUCUAACAGAUUCAAGCAGUGACAAUGUAGGUGCAUAAAGACUACUACUACAGAGAAGAAAUAAAAUAUCCACUUCUAACUGUACAGCCGGAUGACCCUAGAAAAGCCCCGUUCAUCGCCUGCUUUAUUCUUGUCAAGAGUGCUUUUAAUAAAAACGUUUUGGUUGAGGUUGUUUAGAUUUGAAGAGUAAGAAGGAAGAUGUUGUGUUUUUGUAGGAACACGAACACUUGAUCGGUGUUAUUUGAGUUUUCAAAUUGUAACCUUCUAAGAAGGGUAUUUUAGCAGUGUUUAAUGAAUGAAAGGGAAACAGUUCUGAUAUCACUUAUGUACAGUUGAAAUUUGGAGCAGUUUUAACUGGGCUCAGAAUAUCAAAGUGCGGAAUAAUGAGCAUAUUAUUGCGAAUAGCAGCAGCAGAUAACACACAAAGGUCAAUGAAUUUGGUAGCUGAUUAAUUUCGAUACCGUGAGGUAUCAGAAAUUUGGUGGUUUUGUUGUCCUUAAAUUAUUAAAAUAUAUCAAUGAGGAGUCUUUUUAAGUUGUGGAGGAG